AUGAAGUACGUUGUUGUUUCUGGUGGUGUUAUUUCCGGUAUUGGUAAGGGUGUUUUGGCCUCCAGUACUGGUAUGCUAUUGAAGACAUUGGGUUUGAAGGUUACUUCUAUCAAAAUCGACCCAUACAUGAACCUCGAUGCAGGUACAAUGUCUCCUUUGGAACACGGUGAAUGUUUUGUGUUGAACGAUGGUGGUGAGACCGAUUUGGAUUUGGGUAACUAUGAACGUUACUUGAACGUUACUUUAACCAGAGACCAUAACAUCACUACUGGUAAGGUUUACUCUCAUGUUAUUGCCAAGGAACGUAAGGGUGAUUAUUUGGGUAAGACCGUGCAAGUUGUUCCUCAUUUGACCAACGAAAUACAAGAAUGGAUUGAACGUGUUUCUAGAAUCCCAGUCGAUAACACUGGACUGGAACCAGAUGUGUGUAUCAUCGAACUUGGUGGUACUGUUGGUGAUAUUGAGUCUGCUCCAUUUGUUGAAGCUCUAAGACAAUUCCAAUUCAGAGUUGGAAGAGAAAACUUUGCAUUGAUUCACGUUUCCUUGGUGCCAGUUAUCCACGGUGAACAAAAGACCAAGCCUACCCAAGCUGCUAUCAAGGACCUAAGAUCUUUGGGUUUGACACCAGACAUGAUUGCUUGUCGUUGUACCGAAAAAUUGGACACACCAACCAUUGAGAAAAUUGCAAUGUUCUGUCAUGUGGGUCCUGAACAAGUUGUCAACGUUCAUGACGUUAACUCUACUUACCAUGUUCCAUUGCUAUUGUUGGAACAAAACAUGAUUCACAAUUUGGCUGAAAGAUUGCACUUGUCUACCAUUGAGUUGUCUUCUGAAGACAAACAAAGGGGUCAAGAUCUAUUACAAAGAUGGAAGGACUUGACCGUCAACAUCGACGAAUCCUUCGAAACUGUCAAGAUUGCUCUUGUUGGUAAGUACACAAACUUGAAGGACUCUUAUUUGUCUGUCAUUAAGGCUUUGGAACAUUCUGCUAUGAGAUGUAAGCGUAAACUAGAGAUCGUUUGGGUUGAAGCUUCCGACUUGGAACCAGAGACUAGCGAAAAUGCAGAACACAAGUCCAAAUUCCACCAUGCAUGGAACUGUAUUUCUGUAGCUGAUGGUAUCCUAGUGCCAGGUGGUUUCGGUAACAGAGGUACCGAAGGUAUGGUCUUGGCUGCCAAGUGGGCCAGAGAGAACAACAUUCCAUACUUGGGUGUUUGUUUAGGUUUACAAAUCGCUACCAUCGAAUUCGUAAGAAACGUCUUGGGUAACAAGAACGCCACUUCCGCAGAAUUCUUCCCUGAAGCUGAAGAAGAAGAUCAAGUUGUCGUUUACAUGCCGGAAAUCGACAAGGAACAUAUGGGUGGUACCAUGAGAUUAGGAUUGAGACCAACCAUUUUUGAACCAAACACGGAAGCUAGCAAGAUCAGAAAGCUAUACGGUGGUGCUACACAAGUUGAAGAGAGACACCGUCAUCGUUACGAAAUCAACCCUAAGUUGGUUAAAAGUUUGGAGGAGAACGGUUUGAAGUUUGUUGGUAGAGACGAAUCUGGCCAAAGAUGUGAAAUCUUGGAACUGGACAACCAUCCAUUCUUCGUUGCCACUCAGUACCAUCCAGAAUAUAUGUCCAAGGUUUUGGAUCCAUCUACUCCAUUCCUUGGAUUAGUCGCAGCAUCUGCGGGUAUCUUGAACGAAACCAUUGCUGCAAGCGCUGCUAACACUGGUAAGGCUGACUUUUAG